AGUUCGUGCUCAGUCAGCUAGACAGAGUGCUGAAAAGGCUGACGCAUUCACUUUCUCAGCAGCGCCCCCAUUCUCUCGUUGAGAGGAGCAGUCUUUCUCAUUCUAUCCCUUCAUUCUACGGAACACCCCUCAUUUCUUCAGCGCACUGACCUGUCAACAAAAUGGCCAGUGUUCGGGUCCUGCUUCUUCUGCUGGCAGCCGCCUCUGCCGUGCAGCUGUCAAUCGGUGCAGCGGCUGAAGCGGCAGCUGUACCAACUCUGGGACUUGACAAUGGACUGGGCGGAAGGCCUCCAAUGGGGUGGAACAGCUGGAACCACUUUGCUUGCAACAUCAGCGAAGACCUCAUCCGCGACACGAUUGAUUCCCUGGUGGAGACGGGGCUGGCGGAAAUUGGCUACAAUUACGUCAACAUAGAUGAUUGCUGGCAGGCCAAGGCAAGAGACAGCAAGGGCAACCUGGUUGCGGACCCGGAGACGUUCCCUAGCGGCAUCAAGGCCCUUUCCGACUACGCCCACUCCAAGGGGCUCAAGCUGGGAGUCUACUCCGAUGCUGGGUACUACACGUGCCAGAGGCGGCCUGGGUCGCUUGGUUUUGAGAUGCAGGACGCUGUUAAGUUCGCUGAGUGGGAAGUCGACUACCUCAAGUAUGACAACUGCUUCAACGACCUGUCGAAGCCCGAGCUCAGGUAUCCAGUGAUGCGGGAUGCGCUCCUCAGCGUGGACAGGGCCAUCUUCUUCUCCAUGUGCGAGUGGGGGGUCGACCAGCCUGCCACGUGGGCCUCCAAGGUGGGCAACAGCUGGCGGACGACGGGAGACAUCCGGGACUCGUGGUACAGCAUGGUCGCCAUCACGGACCAGAACGAGCCCUGGUGGCCCUAUGCCGGCCCCGGCGGCUGGAACGACCCCGACAUGCUGGAGGUGGGUAACGGGGGCAUGACCACUGCCGAGUACCGCGCGCACUUCAGCCUCUGGGCGCUUAUGAAGAGCCCGCUCCUUAUUGGGUGUGACAUCACAAACAUGACCGAGGACACCAAGAGCAUCCUCAUGAACAAGGAGGUCAUCGACAUCAACCAAGACUCGCUGGGCGUGCAGGGCCACCGCGUGCUCAAGUCCGGCUCGGGGGGGCUCCUCGAAGUGUGGGCGGGCCCCCUGUCGGGAAACCGGACGGUGGUGGCGCUCUGGAACCGGGGCGUGUGGGGGGCCACCAUUUCCGCGGACCUCGAGCUGCUGGGCUUCGAAGCGGGGUCGGAGCUGACCGCACGGGACGUGUGGAAGCACGAGGACGUCAGCAAGCCUGUCACGGGGAGCAUCUCUGCUGACGUGCCCAGCCACGACGUGGCGAUGUACAUUCUCCGGGAGGCCGUUAAGGUGGAUGCGAAUGCGGAGAACGCUGAGAGCUUUGCACGCUUUGAGGACGUCCGGAAAGUUCGCGCGGGCAGGGCCUCGUCCGUUUGAUUCGGAUUCAUGUGCGAGGCUUUUUGGACCAGGUUUGGAGGGGGAGGGUUUGCAAUUGUUUGGCAUUACAUUUGAGGAACCAUAUCAGCAGUAGAUUUUCGGAUUGCCUUGACGUAGGAGCUUUCAGCCAGAGCUGUUUGAGAUUGUGACAGGAGCAUGACCUGAAUGUUGGAUAUGCCGUCCAAUUCGGAACAGCUCUUUGGAGGCAUGAAAGGAUACUGGCCUUCAUGUUGGGGCAUUCGGUUUAUGGGAUAGGCUUCCAGAACUGGUUCUGAGUUAGAAGGAUGAGAAGGGUGUAGAGGUCAGGUUGAGGUUUGGAGAGGUAUUGAUGCUGUGUACUUUAGAUCGACAAAUAGUACCCAGGAGCGCCUCGGUGGGUUUCACUAGUCAUAGCUUCGUCAUAGCCACGCUUAGUCACGCACGCAUUCACGUCAAGGGUACUUGCGAAGAUUGGGGCAACACUCGGAACAUUUGAUCUCAGUCGAGAACGAUGCGUACAACGUAGUGAACAAACAGGUGAAUUGGAACAUGCAGAAACCGAACAAGAACGACAACAUGCGUCAUUGUAGCUUUGAUUGAGGAGCCCGUCCAAUUUCCUUUCUAGUUUUGUAUAUGGUUCUUUCCGGAACAGCACUGGAAAGAUACAAAAGCGAAAUGAUACUUGAGUCCAUCCCACCGAUUGGUACGAUCGAAUAAAUCCGAAUUAAAGCCUUAAUUCCCUU